CUUUCAUUUUGUGUAUAUUAACAAAGAUCUCGGAGGGUUGUAUAACUGGGGGAUGUUACAGAGACAUGGCGGGAUGAUAAUAUGGAAGGAUUUGAGCACAAUUAGUGUUGAACUUGAACCUUCAGGUCCAAUAGGUCUACCGUGGUUAAGCAAAUCCAAUAAUUUUUCCAGUCUUUUAAAUGCACGUAUUAUCUGAGAAUGCAUGUGAUUUUAUUUCAGAAGCACAUGAUGGGCUGUAAAAUGCAUGUCAUGUAACACUAUACAAUAUACAGAUCCUUUGUAUAUUUAUAUAUCUCGUAAAAUGGGAAAAUGUUACGAAAAACUGUUAUACAUUUUAGUAUGUUUUGUACCACGAAGCAAUGGGGAGACGAGUGGACUGGAGUUGUUUUCAUUGAGGCAAGAGAGACGACAUGGUGAAUUAAUUAAUGUUCAAAAUGAUGAAGGGCACGAAUAUCAUAAACCGGGUUGAAGCGGUUUCCCCUGGAGAGGGUUAGCAAAUCGAGGUCUCUGAUUCAAGCCAUUUAUAGAUGGGAACCGAGAAGUGAGUGGCGGCGAGCGGAGAAGAGAGGGGCAGUAAAGAGUCAAGAAGCGAGUGGCUACAAUUGAGGAACGGCGUUGAAUCGAGGAGCGGCAAUGAGACAGUCAGUCGCUCGCUGUGUUUGUUAACUUUCGUUAACACGUGGCAUUGAAACAGAAUCGGGGAACUCACUAACAUAGUUGCGAAGAUGCGACCGCCGGCUGGAAUGGCAAAAGUUAAAGGAGAAAGUCAGAGUUGAUAUGGGCCUUUAUAAGUUCUGGAGAGGCACAGCCUGUUGAUUUGUCCCGUCAAAUGCAAAUGUAAAAUAGCAGCGAUGGGCUGGCUGGCGAUGGGAUCAAUUGGCUGAAUUUAGGCUUGGCAGAUGAUAAAGUAUCCACUGAAAGCGCGCCAACUAUUCAAGUGAAGAAAUAACCCGAUUGUCUGUGAGCUCAACUCAACAGGGAAUUAUUUCCUCGUCAUUGCAACCACUUUCCUGGGCCACUGACAGAAGCAAGAGAAUGUAUCCGGGCGGUUAAAGCAGAUGUCAAACUGCUGACUGGCAAGCAAAUGGACUUCCUGAGAUGGUGUGCUCCCAAUCAGUUGAGCUGCUAAUGUUUCCUGGAUACAACAUGCCAAAGCACCAACUACUGCUGUAGGCAGCAGGUGUUUUCGUUGACUGCAGAAGGACACACAAGGCAACUGUGAAGACUCGCCGUGGUGAGUGGCAAGCAGCUGACGCGUAGGAAUUUGCAGAGAAACUUGACAGUAAUUUCAUAUCCAGAAAACUUGCAUUGAAAGCUUUCAACUGGAGUGACUAAGCGCAGGCUCAAUGGAAGGUGCAACUUUAGAAGAACCUGGAGAUGUUGACUCUCCUCUCAAGAAGCCAAAUAACAGUGCCCCUCCUCGGAAAUAUGCGGACGGUGGCUACGGAUGGGUCAUUCUAGCCUCCUGCUUCGUUAUAACCGGCCUGACGGCAAGCUUUGUGAGAUCGUUUGGGAUUUUUUUCCUCGAUGUCCAGAAUUACUUCGACACAAUUGCCUUUAAGGUUUCGUGGAUCAGUGCGAUCACAGUGGCUGUGUUUCAUUUUGGAUCUCCGUUAGCCAGUGCCAUCAAUUUCAAGCUAUCGCUCAGGGUCAUCACCAUCAUUGGCGGCAUCUUCUCCAUGCUCGGGCUGCUCCUGGGAUCCUUUGCCUUAAGUCUGACCUGGAUGUACUUCACUACUGGUGCUCUCGUAGGUCUUGGCAAUGGAUUUGCAUGGAUUUCCUCUGUAAAUCUGGUCAAUCAGUACUUCACAGACCGGAGGCCACUAGCAAACGCCCUCGCCAGCUCUGGAGACAGUAUAUUUGUCUUCAUCCUCACACCAUUUUACCAGUGGCUUAUCGACAUUAUGUCUUGGCAACAAGCAAUGAUGAUCAUCUCCGCUAUAUCCCUCAACAUGUGUGUCUGCGGAGCCCUCAUGAGGCCGUAUCGUUCACAGAAGAAAAGUCAGAAUUCUGCGCCAUUAUCCGCCAUGCAUUCCAGGACAGGUUUGUGUCGGAAAAGUCUGGUGCAAGAGAAGAUAUCGGCCUAUUUAACCCUUCUGAAGCAGCCUCAAUUCAUCUGUCUGAUCUUAUUUGGGUUUUUCUCUGUGAUGGGCCUGUUCAUCCCAGUCGUAUAUCUAAUUCCACAUGCUCAAAACAUUGGGGUUGAGGACUUUAAAGGAGCUCUUUUGAUGUCCUACUGGUCGGCAGCUGACCUCAUCGGAAGGCUCGGAUGCGGUUGGCUUGCCAACCUGCGGCUCUUGAAGUCCAUCCGCCUUGCGAUAAUAAUGAUGGUAGUUUUUAGCAUACUCUUGCUGCUUAUCCCUUUAGCUAAGAAUUAUACCUCGCUUAUCAUCUUCAGCUGCGUGUGUGGAUUCUUUCUCGGAACCAUCAUGGCCCUCGUUGUCACACUCAUUACUGACGUGGUCGGAGUUGAGAGGCUGAGCAGCGCACUCGGAUUAAUUAUGCUCUUCAGAGGUGUUGGCUGCCUUCUCGGACCACCCCUGGCAGGGUUACUGGUGGACUGGACUGGAGUAUACAGCACUGCGUUCUUUCUUGCUGGAGGAGGGAUGUUGAUUGCAACUUUCUUUCUCAUCCUCACCGACUACUUCACAACUUAUGGGCAGAAUUCCGAUCAAAGCACAGGAAAUGAGAAGGGAAAUUCUAACUCUCAAGCCCGACCUCAGGAAGAAGCAGGGAAAGGAGACCUUGGCAGUGACACAAGGGGAGAUCCAGCAGUGGAACUAUUGAAUGCCGUGCCUGAAUGAAGACCUCUGCAAUGUUUAUGCUUUCUCUUCCAAUGAACCUCUCUUGGGAAAAUCGACUUCCCCUAUAACUCAGUGGGACAAUGCUUCAGCACGCAAUAGCGUGAAAGCUCCAUGAACUGUAUUGUGGCUUAGGUCACAGGAGUGUCAAGGGCUCUCAGUAAGUGCCCUGCGUGUGAGCAGAAAUCACAUUGUCUUACAGCUUCAAUAAAGGAUAUUGCAUUCUUUGGGGGGGGGGGGGGGAUAUUUUUCAUCCCACCCAUUACACUUGGGUGUGUCGUGUCAUAAUUGUCCACUAUAGGACAAUUUGUCCUAUAUUCUUGCUAUUGUGUUAUUGCCACACAAAAUAUGUUGGAUCAGUUCCCAUUUUCCAAAUCACGUAUGGUUUUAGUUUCAUCAGCAUUAAAUCAGCAGUCAAUACUCGGCAAGAACCCCACCAUUAUUAGGCUCCAGAUUCCAGCAUCUGCAGUCUCUUGUUCCCCCCCAUCAUUGCUAGUUUCUGGGAUGCACAGUUCAGGCUCCCAUUACUAAAAUGCUGGAAACACUCAGCAGGGCGAUCGGCAUGAAUGAAAUGACAAACUGCUGCCUCCACAGACACAUUCUGACGUGCUGGACAUUUCUACUUUUGAUGUGCAGGAAAGAACUGCAGAUGCUGGUUUAAAUCUGAUAGAAAUUCGUCUGAAAAAGGGUCUCGACCUGAAACUUCACCCAUUUCUUCUCUCCAGAGAUGCCGAGUUACUCCCACAUUUUUGUGUCAUUCUCCUUUUGAUUUCAGGUCAGCAUUUGCAUGUCCCUGUGCGUUGUCCCCACAAUCUGCUCUCUUUAAUCUAUCAACACGAUGGCUCCAUAAACAUUUGAAUCUCCGUAACCCUGGCCUCACCUUAUUAGUGAUGUUCUCCGAGUCACAGGGUCAUACAGCAUGUUCUAUACAUCUUCCCCCCCCAUAACUUAAAACUAACGCACUUCCUCAAUUUUUCAGUUAGGUAUUUGACCUGCAACUUUAACUUUGUUUCUCUUCCCACAGCCACUGCCCGACCUGCUGGCUGUUCACAACAUUUUGUGUUUUAAAUUUGCAUUUUAACCAUGUUUUCGAUCCGUCUGAAGAGCAGCAGAUAGACACAAAAUGCUGGAGUAACUCAGCGGGUCAGGCAGUAUUUCUGGAGAAAAGGAAUAGGUCACAAUUCAGUUUGGAACCCUUCUUCAGACAUCCUAAAGCAGCAUCGGCAGUUCCUCUGACACACUAACUGAAGAACUGUUUAUUUGGAGGAGUUUCUCUGGGCCAUAUAAGUUCAUUUCUGUGUGAAAAAUCAAAAACCUGCAGAUGCCGAGCAAACCAGAUUUGCAUGGUCUCUGACCUGAAAUGUUGACAGAUCUUUCCACAGAUGCUGCCUGGCCUGCCGAGUGUUUCCAACGUUUUCUGUUUUCAUUUCACAUCGGCAUUUUCAUUUAUAGGGGUUUGACUUCCUAGUGGAGCGGGAAGUCCUGCAUAGUCAGCAGCUUUCAAAAUCAUCUCACCACUUAGUCACCACUGGCUCUUCCUGUUCUGUAAAGCAGAUAGACAUCAGGUGCCCCUCCAAAAAUGCAUUAAGCAGGAAGCUGAUGCCCUGAUUUUUGCCAUUGAUAUAAUGCCGGUGUCCUCGCCACUUAGAGACUCGAGGAUCUGCGAAUGCUGUAAUCUUGCGUAGACCACAAAAAUGCUGGAGUAACUCAGCAGGUCAGGCAGCAUCUCUGGAGGACGUGGAUAGAUGAGGCUUCAGACUGAGAAUCGCCUAUCUGGACAUGGUCACUGACCUGCAGAGUUACUCCAGCACUUUGUGUGCUACCGUGUCAACUUAGUUGUGUACUAGCUCAGGGACCUGUAACAGUAACUUCACAGUGCUACACUCACACACUCACACACACUGCUGCCAGGACAGAACACUGCAGUCCAGCAACAUUUCAAAAGUUACCAUUGCACAAAUGCAGUCGAGUCCAUUGUCCCUGCACAGCAGCGGCGUUAGAUACUGUUUGCGGUUAUAGCAAAGGAACAUUUAUAUUGGCAUGCUGUAAAUAAGAAACACAUCCUGUUCCCAUUUUGUAGAUAAACCUUUGCCCUGGUAACCCUACCCAAUAUUUACACUCAGCAACCAGCCUGACUUUCCAUAUCAGCAGGUCACCUUCUCUCUGAAGGACAAGUUUUUAUUAAGGUGAGAAGAAAACAAAAAGUUCCACAUUUUUUUGUCAAGAGCAUACUUGGAGUAAAACCAAGGCACCUCUUGCAAUCAUUACUAAAUGUUUUUGUCUGUAAGUACUGGGGUGCACUGCAAGGCACUUCUACCUGGUUAGGCCUGUGGUAAAUAUAACCACCAUUGUUUGGCCCUUUACAACUGUGAACCUGCUGUUGGAUCGGCUCACUCGUGCCUUAAGGAAAGGAGACAGCUGCAGUCUCUGAGAUUAGCUAUUUGUGUUACAGAGAAACAGUGACUGGAUUUAGACAAAUCAAAAGGUUGAACGGUAUUUAGAGUUUAACAGACUGAAAACGAUUAAGAAAUGCUGAACAAUGAAGGAUUCUGUGACACUUGUAAAUUUGAUUAAAAUUCUAAAUCUUUUCUUUAAAAUUAAA